AUGGCUAUGAUUAACGGUUUCGUUCCACGAUGGGUGGCCGACCUACAGUCCCCUCCAGCUGCGAAGUCCAAGAUCCCAGGCGUCUCCGACCCUCCAGGCUACCCAUCGCAAUCAUCCGGCUCCAAAAAGCAGAAGGACCAGAGGGCCCAGCCGCGUAAGCAACAGACACCUGAAGAAAUGGAUACCCUGAAAGUGAAGAAGGCCUGGGAGGUGGCACUUGCGCCUGUCAAGAACCUACCCAUGACAGCCAUCAUGAUGUACAUGUCCGGCAACUCGCUUCAGAUCUUCAGUAUUAUGAUGGUUGUCAUGGCAUUCAAGAACCCACUUAUGGGCCUCACCGCGGUCAACCAGGCGUUCGAGAGAUUCGAGUCGGAAACGAACAAGGGCAAGAUGCUUCAGGUCAAGGUGGCGUACGUCGCGAUGCAAUUCGUAGCACUGGCUUUGGCAGUUUGGAAGGUCAACUCAAUGGGUUUGCUACCGACAACACGAUCAGAUUGGCUGGCUUGGGAAGCUCAGAGAGAGCCUUUGGAGUCCUCUGUUCCUGCUCUGUAG